GAAAGUUGAAUUGUUAAUUGUGAUCAUGAUGUGUUAUAAAGCAGUUUAAAUUUACGAUUAAUAAUCGAUUUUAGUACUUGCUUUUCAAAAUCGUACCUUUGAAAUUCUGCUGAAGAGCGGGAUUCCUUUUAGGGUCUGCUGACUUAUGGUGUAGAAAGCUUUCGUGGGCAUCACACUAGGUUUUCCAGCCGCUGUGUCACUCCCUUGAAGUCCACGAUGAACAGAUUCGGCAGCCGCGGUCGUGGACGAGGCGAUUUUCGCCGCUUUGACAAUGCAGGACCAGGUCGUGGAGGGCAACGUUUUAAUCAAUACGGGAACCGUCGCAUGAGCGGUGGGGGCUCCGAUCACGAGCAGGAAGAAGCGGAGCGCGAAACGGGAACCAAUGAUAUCGAAAAAAGGCUAGAAUCUCUUAUUACUCGCCUCGGGGAGAAGAGUAGUGCUUCGCUGGAGAACAACAUCAGAAACCUGGCCAAGGUUCUCAGCUCGGAUAUCGCCAAUUACAAAGACACCAUUCUGAAUAUUCUCCUGAAAUGCGCGACGUCUAUGCCGGAGAAGAUUACGAUCUACACGUGCUUAGCGGGAGUUCUGAAUGUGGACAAUUAUUCAUUUGGCGGAGAGUUUGUUGAGGGUUUGGCUCGACGUUUCCAGGCCGCGCUUCAAGAACCAGAUUUCAGCCAGGCCGAGCUAAUACUCCGGGGAAUUGCGGACUGCGCCAACUGCAAUUUGAUCAGCCUGUCAAGUCUGGUGAAUUCUCUGGAAUCAUUGCUGGAAGUCACAUUUGAAAAAAAUAUCCCACAGGCACGUUCCGACUGGUAUACUUAUGCCGUCCUUUCCUGUCUGCCAUGGAUCGGUGAAAAACUGAAUUUCAGCCGGCCUGAUGAUCUCAAGAAGCUGCUGGAUGAUGUUGUGGCUUAUACAUCCCGCAGAAAACUUUUGCAUGUUAAUGCCCUCCGCAUCAUCCGAUCUGAUGAUCCCUUGCCACAAGAAGAUUAUAUCGAUUCCCUCUGGAAUCAGGUCGACGAUUUGAAGAAUCGGCAGUGGCGCGAGAAACACAUCAACCGGCCUUACGCCACCUUGCAAGCUAUUGUUACCCGUGGCCAGGCACAUAAUCUGCCCAAGUUGAGUCCGGCGGCUCAUGAAGAAGACAGUGUAUAUCCAUUGCCGCAAGUGGUAUUUCGGUUGUUCGAUUACACCGACUGCCCAGAGGGAAGUGCGCUGCCACCUAUGAACUCCAUUGAGCGGUUCUUGAUCGAAGACGACUUGAAAAGGAUUAUUGUCCAACAUUACGAAGAUCGGCGGCAGUGCGCGACACUGUUACUGAACUACCCGACGACGCAAGUGAAUGUACCGGUCGAUUAUGUGGUAACGGAAGUAAUGUUGGGGCAACUGAUGCAGCUGCCCAAAUCUCCCCAUAAGGAUAUCAUGUAUGGAGCUACGAUUUUGGAACUGUGUAAAGUGCGACAGGAUGUCAUGCUGCAGACCCUAGCUUUGGCCGUCUCGUUGCUGUAUGAGAGGAUCGAAAAUCUGAACAUUAGCUGCCUGCACCGUUUGGCGUCAUGGUUUGCGUACCAUUUGAGUAACUAUGAUUACCGCUGGACAUGGGAUGACUGGAGCGAUUGUUUGAGUGUUGACAAGGAUCAUCCCAAGGCGAAGUUUGUCUCCGAAGUAUUCCAGAAUUGCAUUCGAUUGUCGUAUUACGAAAGAAUUGCGGAGACAGCACCUCAGCGCUUCAGAAUUUUCCUACCGGAAACACCAUAUCUGGAAAGAAAGUUUGAUGUGGAAAAUCCAGAGAGUGUUGCCGGGUGCCAACAGGCUAUCGAGGUUCACCAGGAAAUGGUUGGCAAAAAAGACCCCAUACGAAUUUCUGAAAUUAUACGGAGCGUACCAAAGCCCGAGGAUGCCGAUGAUUCCGAAUUUAAUCCUUUACAAAUCGAUGUGUUCGUGCACGUGGUACUGGGCCUUUCAGCAAAAACCUUUACUCAUCUCUUCGCUGCACUGACCAAGUUUGCUCCUAUCAUUCGCGAUCUUCUCAGCAGCGAACAGGAGCAGCUUUACUUCCUUCAGAACAUUUUCGAACUCUUUCAAAACCGAGAAUACACUCUGAUUACGUUGGUCGAUCGUCUGCUUCGAAUGCAAUUAAUCGAACCGGCUGGUGUGGUUAACUGGAUCUUUUCUCCACGCAUGAAAGCGCAUUUCAGCCGUUACUUUCUCUGGGAAAUCCUUCAACAGACCAUUCAUCGGGUGUCCGCGCUGGUUGAUCGCUGCCGUACGGAGCUGGCAGAAGCGAAAAAUCGUGCAGAGGAGCCAGUAGAGGGCGAAGGAGAAAAUAAAAAUGAAGAAAUGUUGGAGACGCUGGAAGAAGCCUAUGACCGGAGCCUUAGUCAACAAAAAAGCAUGUUUUUGGUCAUUUUUCAGAGAUUCGUCAUGGCGUUUACGGAUUUUCUGGAGCAGCAGGGAAACAAGGCUAAAAUUACUGAAUCGCUGUGGUGGAAAACAGCUAUCGGGAACAUGCAGUUUAUUCUGAUGACGAAUUAUCAGCUGAUUCGACCGUACAACACUACACUGGAAAAGUUGGUUUUCACGAAAGAAAUUGAUAAGGCAAUCCUGCAUGCGUAUAACGAAUACGCUGCCAUGCUGAAUUGAGAAUAUUGCCUGCUGUGAUUGUUUUGUUAUACGGACGGUACUUUUUUGUUUUUAUUUCUACCUGUGUACUAAAUAGUAAAUAUGCAAGAUUCUGGGGGAAUACUUAUUGUUUGCCACUUGGCUGUUGCGCAGAGUUCAUUUCUGUACGGAAGAUUUUGGUUAAAAACGACAACUGUUUGCUUUAUGCGAUGGAAAGUCUAUUAGAGCUGCUUCUGUUUCGUUGUUACAGUACGGAGCAGGGACCCGUAUUCAUUAAAAGUAUGAUCACA